CGGCGUCAUCCUACUUUAUGACUACUGAACCGCCUCCACGACCGUCUUUUAACUCAUAUGAUACUCCACCGCCAUUCAAUCCGUCACCAGCGCUGGCAGCCAUGGAUAUUAAAGACCGGUGCUAUCAAGGCUUUGCACGGCAGAUAAUUAUUUUAAAUAUUCCAGUUGAUUCAAUUCAGAGCGUUCAGCGACUUUGGCUCAAGGAGUUAAAGAAAUUAGGCUCAAUAAAGGAAAUACAUGUCCUUUACACGUGA